AUGGGUGUUAAGGAAAUUUGGGUUGUACGUCACGGCUUCCGUGAAGACUGGGUGAACGAUGAUCCCUACUAUCCAACCGGUCUUCGCAACGAUCCAACUCUUUCUGAUUCAGGCAGAAAGCAAUCACAGGAAUUAGCCGAAUUCUUGAAAGACAAGAACAUCGAUCGAGUCUACUCAUCACCAUUUUAUCGAGUCUUAGAGACAGUUUACCCAUUUAUCGAAAAGAGCAAUGUACCACUUUAUGUGGACUAUAGUAUGGCCGAAUGGUAUGGCAAAGCUCAUGGCAGGUAUCUUCCUUGUGCCCCAUUAGUCGAAUUAAAAAAGCUUUUUCCAAAGCUCAAUAUUGACGACCAUCAUUCGUGCAUUCCUCUACCUAAUGGCAUUGAAACGGUUCAGGAAUGCCACGUUCGAGUCAAGAAAGGACUUGAUUUAUUGUUAAAACAAUUGGAUAGCGAACCUAACCCUCCACACUCCAUUGUUUUGGCGGGUCAUGCUGCGUCUGCCAUUUGUGCUGUGCGUGGUUUGUUAAAAAAUGCCAACUACCCAGUACAUUGUGGUACUUGUUCUUUGUCCAAACUGGUACGUUCCGAUAAUGGUGCUAGCUGGGAGUUGGUAAUGAAUGGCAGUUGCGACCAUUUAAGUGAGGGUGAACAACGUUCGUGGAUGUUCACUGGUGACGUGCCUGAUUACGAAGUAGAAAAGACAGAUUAUGAAGACACCGUAUAG